AUGUCUUUGCUCACUGUGGGUGAAUCGCAUAGAGGCACAGUUGCAAACAUAGAAACUUAUGAUGUUUCUAGGUUUCGAAAUCGUGUCCACGAAUUUGUUCACAUGGACGCGAUGAUUAAAUCUUAUGUUGAACUCAUCGGUUUUGGACAUGAUUUAGAAAAAAAAAUUACGAGAUAUGGUUUCUUGAGUUGUGGCCAUUUAAGGUUAUUUCUGGCUAUGAUUAUUGUUAAUUUCAAAAAUGAAGAAAAAUGCUUUGCUGUAGAGGAAAUUUCAGUAAUGAUUCUUACGAAGAUGAAGGAGAUAGCAGAUAAAUUUUUGGAAUCAAAGGUUAAAGAUGCAGUAAUCAUUAUGCCUGCUUAUUUCAAUGAUUCUCAGAGAAAAGCCACUAAAGACGCUGGUGCCAUUGUCGAUUCUAAAAGUCAUGCAUUUAUUGCAAGACUUUUUAAUGGAAAUGAUAUAUGUUUGAGCAUAAACCCUGAUGAGGUUGUUGCUUAUGGUGAAGUUGUCCAGGCUGCAUUGUUGACUGACGACAUAAAGUUCAGACUUAUUAAAGCAUGGUGUUUUACACAAGUCCCUGAACACGAGUUAGUUGAAAUGGCUGCAGAUGGCCUAGAUUAUUCCAUUAGGAAGAAACUAGACAUUCAAUACCUUAGGGACAUGGCACAAUUGGCAGAUAGGAAGACAUUGAAGGAAGGAAGAUUGCAAUUUGGCGAGAAGCCAAAAGCGUCAAUGCAAGUGGAUGUUGAUUCAUUUCAAACUAAAGAGAAUCACUAUACUGAACCUGUCGAGAUCCUCAUGAUGGAAGCUACUGAUGGCUUCGACAUGGAUGUCGAGAAAGUGGAGCAGAUUCCUUCAAUUGCUGAUGUAGAAAUAUAA